AUGUCCCUUUCAUUCACAACCCGAGGGUCCACGCGAUCUUUCCUUCGCCAGCACUCCCAGCCCAACCUCUCAACCCGGUCAUUCUCAACCCGGUCAUUCUCAACCCGGUCAUUCUCAACCCGCCAUCCUCUCCGCACUCCCACCUCCACCUCCGCAUCAACCAUCGCCACGUCCUUUCUCUCCCGUUUCCAAUCCCUCGGUCCACAAACCCGUACCCAAACCCUCGAUGCAAACCAGCUCCAAUUACUAUCCCUCACACUGAACCGCCCCUCCCUCUUCCCCAAUUCCCCCUCCCUCUCAAACACCCCAACUUCUCUCCCCCUCGGCACGCCCCUCCCCGCAGGCUACCAUCUCGUCUACUUCACUCCCGCAUUCCUCGAAAAUGAACUCGGCGCCGACGGCACCGACACCUCCUAUAACCCUGCCUCGCCGUUCACCCGUCGCAUGUGGGCCGGCGGCGAGGUCCACUGGCCUCGGGGAAAAGACGGGAAGCCGAAUCCCCUCCGAGUGGGGCAGGAGGUUCAGGAGAUGACGACCGUGUUGAGCGCGGAGCCGAAAAUCGUGCGGAAGACUGGCGAGGAAAUGAUUGUUGUGGGGGUGGAGAAGGAGUUUAGGAAUGAGCAUGGGGUGGCGGUUUUGGAUCGUAGGAACUGGGUCUUUCGCAAAGCCCUCACCACCCCGGCACCUAGUACUUCUUCUUCUGCCAGUCCCCCAGCAACAGAAGCGUUCAAUGGCCCAGCGAGUUCAUCUACCGUGACGAGUGGAAGUACGCAUACGCGCACGUUGCGUCAAACAGCCGUGACUUUAUUCCGAUUCUCGGCGUUGACGUUUAAUCCGCAUAAGAUUCAUUAUUCGACGCCGUGGGCGCGGGAUGUGGAAGGUCAUAAGGAUAUUGUUGUGCAUGGGCCGUUGAAUCUUAUCUCGAUCCUGGAUUUAUGGCGUGAUACGCGGAAGACGGAUGGGAAGGGGGAGGGAUUGGUUUUUCCGGAGAAGAUCUCUUACCGGGCUACGAGUCCGUUGUAUGCGGAGGAUGAGUAUAAGAUUGUGUUGGAUGAGGGGGCGGGGGAUGGAGUGGGAAGGGUGCAGAUUGUUGCGCCGGGUGAGGUGGUUGCUAUGAAGGCGGAGAUCCAGUUGAAAUGCGAUCGCAUCCAUCCCUGCACGAACUGCAAGAAAAGAAAUGAGGGGAGUACAUGUACUUUCAUUGGGCGGGGUCCGAGAGGGAAAGUCUCGAAUGGCCGGACGAGUCCUACCCAUGUUCAGGAUCGGUUGCAGCAUUUGGAGAAUUUGAUUUUGUCGUUUACGCAGCAGCAACAACAUCAGCAGCAACAGCAGAGGGUCGGGGGUGAGCAGGUUGUGGGUGCGGGCGCGUCUGCACCGCAGCAGCAGCGGACGCCGUCGUCGACGGAAGAGGAGGGAUCAUCGCCUUCGGCGUCGGAUCCGGCUGGACGGUUGGUGGUUGGGGAGGAGGGGACGAGGUAUAUUGAUGGGGCGCAUUGGAGUGCUAUUCUUGAAGAGAUUAGCGGGGUGAGGGAGUAUUUGCGGGAUAAUGAGGAUAUGGGACCCUCGGAUGAGGAACAAGGGGAUGAGGAGACAGUGGGUUCUUCGCCGGCGCCGACGCUGUUGUUGGGCUUGCAACGGCAGGUCAGUCGGGAUGAGUUGCUGGAUGGGUUGCCUCCGAGGCCGGUGGCCGAUCGGUUGGUGGCCCUGUUUGUGAAUAGUAAAGAGCCGACGACGGCUGUGGUGCAUAUGCCGACGUUUCAGAAAGAGCAGUAUACUCGGUUCUGGUCAAGGCCGAGGGAUGUCUCCAUCGCUUAUAUGGCGUUUCUGUAUGCAUGUCUUACGAUGGCGGUUUCGAUUCAUCAGCGCACAGGGGAGCCGUUGCCGGUGGAUCUAGGGGAUCCGAUGGAGGUCGCCAAUAACUUCCGGCUCUUGACGGCGCAGAGUCUCGUCAGGUCGAACUAUACAGUGCCUGGCCGGUACAAAGUGGAGGCCCUCUUCAUCUACACGAUGGCCGAGUUCUACCGGAGUGAGGAUGCCCAGGUCGGAGUGUCGUUUCUGCUGGGAAACACCAUCCGGCUGGCUAUGCGGACAGGAUACCACCGUGACCCUCGGCAGUUCCCUGAUGUGUCGCCAUACGAAGGCGAGAUGAGGCGGCGGGUCUGGGCGAUUAUUCGCCAGCUGGAUAUCCUGAUCUCGUUUCAGGUUGGACUUCCGCGCAGUGUACAGGACUGGCAGCAAGACGUGGAGCUUCCGCGCAAUAUUUCUGACCAGGAUUUCGAUGAAUCGACCACAGAACUGCCGCCGUCUCGACCGGAGACCGAACUCACUCCGAUGGCGUAUAUCCGCGGCAAGUCGCGGCUCAUGGCUGUGUUUGGCAAGAUCUCCGAUCUGGCGUACUCGCGCGAACCGGUGACAUAUGAUGAAACGCUUGCCUUGGAUCAACAGCUCAAUGAAGCGCAUGAGCUCAUUCCGCCGGUCUUCAAGAUGCGUCCUCUCGAUCAGUGCGUUGUGGAUCCUCCGUACCAAAUCUUAAGACGGUACACGCUGGAGCUGCUGUAUCUGAAAUCCCGCUGCGUGUUGCAUCGGAGAUACCUGACUGAAGUGCACACCAACCCGCGCUAUGCCUUUUCGCGGUGGGUGUGCAUGAGCGCGUCCCAUGAGAUUCUCCAGCACCAGGCGCGUGUAUACCAGGAAACGCAGCCGGGCGGUCUUCUCUACCGGGACCGUCAAUUCCCCAACUCGCUUCAGAACGCGGACUAUCUGCUUGCCGCGAUGAUCCUUUGCCUCGAGCUGUUACAGAACCCUACCGGGGUGCAGACGGAGGGCGCCGACAAAGAUGUAGCCCACUGCCGGGAGGAUCUGCUCUCGACCAUUGAGACCUCGCAUCGGAUAUUUGACCAACUGCGUCAAAAAUCAGCAGAUGCGCAGAAAGCAUACGCAGCACUGACGAUCAUGCUCCGGCGGGUGAAGGGGGCGACGGGCAGCGAGAAACUGGCUGGUGAGUCCGAGGAGAUGUUGCGGUAUACGCUGCUAACGGGUCCAGCGCAACCACCACCGUACGGAAACUGGUCAGAGAGCCCAUACCCAUUGGGUGAGAUACCGAUGGGCAUCACGCCGGAGUAUCACUCGCUCGACGUGAUCGGGGAGAUGCUCGACGCGCCAACCAAUCUAGACUGGCAUCUCUGGGACCAGCAGAUCCGGGACGCGAACAUGGGGUUAUGGGAUGAUACCAAUGUGGAAGACAUGGCUAUAUAG